UGAAGUUUGUGUUGCGUGUUUACAUGUCUUUGUCGGAAGUGCCUGAUCUCUUCUUCUCUGCCUUGGAAUGCACCUGAAAACUUUUCCCAAAACAAAUAUUAAAAAAACAAAUUAACGAAUUCAUGUUGUAUUACUGGAACAGUUUGCAGUGAACUUCUUACAAUGAAUGUUUAGUCUGCUCCGGUUUCUGUUAAUUUGAAAUCUCUGAUAUGGAAAGUCUUUUAAAUGAAUGGCAUCUUAGUGAAUCACUCAAGAAUAGACAUCCUAUGCAUUAUGCUGCAAGGAAUGGAAAUGUUGAUGUCAUGAAAGCCCUCAUUAGUCGAGGCUAUGUUGUAAAUUGUAUGACACCAUCUGAACUAGUCACUCCGUUACAUGAAGCAAGCUCUAAAGGGUGUGUAGAAGCUGUGCAGUUCUUGAUAGAAGAGGGGGCAUGGAUAAAUGCUAGAAACAUUGAUGGUGCUACUCCACUUUGUGUGGCUUGUGCUGCAGGCCAAACAGAGGUAGCAAAAAUUUUGAUAGAAAGUAAUGCUUCUGUCAAUCCAGCAAUUCUAAUUGACCCCUUAAACUCACCCCUACAUGAAGCAGUCAUGAAAGGUCAUGUGGAAUGUGUGAAACUUCUGAUAUCUAAAGGAGCAAAACUAAAUGCAGCUGAUAGACAUUAUGGAACACCUCUCCAUGCAGCAUGUGUUGCAUACAAAAUCAACAUUGAUUGCAUUUUGUCAUUAAUUCAAGCAGGUGCUGAUGUCAAUGCAACGAUAGUCCACAAAGCUCCACUUCACAUUGCUGCAUAUCGGAACUUAUUAUCAGUGGUGCAACUACUGUUGAACUAUGGUGCUGAUGUUUAUGCGAGGGAUAAAUUAGGUAAACGUCCAAAGGAUUUGGCUAGAUCUAACUCUGCUGUCAAAAGACUGCUAAAAAGCUAUGAAAUUCAUCCACGAACUCUAAGUGACUGCUGCAGAUUAACAAUACUUAAAUCCUUUGUUGUAGGGAAAAAUUCAAUAAUUAUUAAACAGUUAGGACUUCCUAAGAAAAUUGUACAAUAUAUUUUCAGUUGUUAAACAGGAAUGGUAAUAUUUUCCUGGUCUACUUGAUCAUUUUCUACAAUCUGAACUAAGUUUGACUUAAAGUUGCCUCCUGGAAACUUGAUGUUAUUUUCAUCUAUCACUUCAAUGUUUGCCUCUGCUCCUGUGUUUUCAGAUGAAAUUGAACAGUCUGAAUCUGUGUCUUCAUAAAGAGCCAAAUCCUAUAUGUAAAAAAAAUUAAUAAUAAUAACAAAGUUUUUAGUAACUUUAAAUGAACCUCAAUACAAACCAUUUCUAUUA